UCAGGGAGGGGGUGGGGUGGGGUGCUAACUCCGUGGCUCCCCCAGUCCCCACUCACUCUCUCCUUGCCGUCUGCUGCCGCAGCCUCGUCCUCCACGCCAGCGGCGCCCAAGCGCAGGAGAGACAUUAAGAAGACUGGACCAGUGUUUGGUGGCUGCUUAUUCCUGCUCCUUUCAUUGACAGUAUUCAGCAUUGUGAUCCUAACGGCUUACAGCUUGGCCCUGCUCUCUGUGACUAUCAGCUUUAGGAUAUACAAGGGUGUGGUCCAAGCUAUCCAGAAAUCAGAUGAAGGCCACCCAUUCAGGGCAUAUUUGGAAUCUGAUGUCGCCAUAUCCGAGGAGUUGGUUCAGAAAUACAGUCAUUCUGUUCUUGGACAUGUGAACUGCACCAUAAAGGAACUCAGACGCCUCUUCUUAGUUGAUGAUUUAGUUGAUUCUCUGAAGUUUGCAGUGUUGAUGUGGGUAUUUACCUAUGUUGGAGCCUUGUUCAAUGGUCUGACACUACUGAUUUUGGCUCUGAUUUCACUCUUCAGCGUUCCUGUUAUUUAUGAGCGGCAUCGGGUGCAGAUAGAUCAUUAUCUAGCGCUUGCAAAUAAGAAUGUCAAAGAUGCUAUGGCUGAAAUCCAAGCAAAAAUCCCUGGAUUGAAACGUAAAGCUGAAUGAAAAAAAGCCUGAAAUGAUUCAUAGUAGGAGUUUAUCUUUAAAGGGGAUAUACAUUUGAUUCCAUGGGGGAGGGUCAGGGAAGAAUGGCGCCUUGACAUUGCAGUGUCACAGAUCUUUAUUUUUAGCAAUGCAGUGUCUGAGGAAAAAUCACCUUCUUGGCUGCCGCGUGUUCAUCUUAAGUAUCGUGAGCUUCUAUGUAUAAAUUUAAUCCGU